GCGGCAUCAGCCACCGGGAGAACUUAAAUACUUCCCUGCGAAGGCACGUUUGCACUUAUCAUUCGACGUAGUUAUGUUGUGUUGUGUAGUAGACUACAUUGUUUCCAAACACGCGCAACAUUAUAUCAGCGACACUGUGAUUAGAGGUUAGGGAUGUCACGUUGUUAACAGGUAGGAGAAAAUCCUUCCCUCGUUGUAUGCUGGGCAGAACGCAGUGUAUUUCUCUAUCCGCGGAGACCCAGACUGAUUUGUUACCGUUAUCAAUUCACUUUUUGAUACAUGCCAACUUGUCUUACAAGACGUUCUCUUUAUCGAUUUAAUGGACGUUUGACUGGUUUGUGAUGCCCAUUUACAUCAUCGACCGAAAAUUUCCAGAGACACCUGGUGAAUUGGGACAGGCAUCACCUGACGGAGUGCUGAUGAUGGCUGACAACACCCCUAAGUCGAUAAGAAAGCCUCGGUGGACAUCACUGGAGAUUGGCCUCAUCACAAUUGUAUGUCUGCUGUUCAUCAUUGUCAUAGCCCUAAGCAUCCUGUUUGCCACACAAAGCAAUGGCGGGAUAUGCACCACUGCAGAUUGUACCCAGUCUGCUGCGCGCCUCAUUGAGAACAUGGACUCCAAAGUGGACCCUUGUGAAAACUUUUACGAGUACGCUUGUGGAGGCUGGCUGAAGAAGAACAUCAUCCCAGAGACCAGCUCAAGAUACAGCACCUUUGACAUCCUCCGACACGAGCUAGCUGUGGUGCUGAAAGGAGUACUAGAAAGACAAGACACUAGCAACAGCAGUAAUGCCUUGACCAAAGCCAGAGUGCUCUACAAGUCCUGCAACAAUGAAAGUCUCAUUGAACAACGAGGAGGGUCACCUUUACUGUCAGUGCUGCCAGAUGUCCUCGAGUGGCCAAUAGCAACAGACCAUUGGGACGCCAAAUAUGGAACUCAAUGGAGGGCAGAAGACAUCAUAGCCAAACUCAAUGAGAAAUAUUUGAAACCAGUCCUUAUUUAUUUUUUUGUCAGCACUGAUGACAGGGACUCCAAUUCUCACAUCAUUCAUAUUGAUCAGCCAAGUUUAGGCCUCCAGUCCAGGGACUACUAUGUGUGUGCAGGACCAUAUAAAGAGGUGUGCGAUGCCUAUGAGACCUUCAUGUUUGAUGUGGCCAAACUUAUGCGCUCAGACAGAGGUCUAGAGAUAAAUGAAACUGCCAUCAGAGAGGAAGUCAACCUUAUAAUGCAGCUAGAACAAGAUAUGGCUAAUGCAACAGAUACAUCAGAGGAGAGAAAUAACCCUACACUUAUUUACAACAAGAUGCAUCUUGGGGCCAUGAAUGUCAACUUCACCUUGGAAUUUGAAAGUGGUGUGUUUAAUUGGACACACUUCAUCAACAAAAUCAUGGAGACAGUAAACCUCACUGUGACAGAUGCUGAAGACAUUGUUGUGUAUGCACCAAACUACCUCAGAAAACUCAAUGCCAUUAUUAAUAAGUACUCUACCAGACAAAUCCAGAACUACAUGGUUUGGCGUUUUGUGAUGAGCAUGGUCGGGGGGCUCAGUAAGUCAUACAGAGACACCCGCAAGCCACUUCAGAAGGCCAUCUAUGGGACCACAUCUGAAGCCGCCAUCUGGCAGCAGUGUGCCAAUUAUGUCAACACCCACAUGGACUACGCAGUGGGCAGACUGUACGUGGAAGAGGCUUUCUCAAAAGAUAGCAAAAGCAUGAUGGAUGAGCUGAUUGCUGAGAUACGAGACGUUUUCAUCAGUAAUCUCAAUGAUCUCCCAUGGAUGGACUCCGAGACCAAAAAGGAGGCUGCUAAAAAGGCCCUGGCCAUAAGCGAGAAGAUUGGCUACUCAGAAAACAUCAUGGAUGACAACUACCUUAAUAAGGAAUAUGAAGGUUUAAACUACAGUGCAGAUGAAUACUUUGAGAACACGCUGAAGACAUCCCAGAUGACUCAGAAGAAGCGGCUGAAGAAGCUCCGGGUAAAAGUGAACAAAGACGAGUGGAUUACAGGGCCAGCUGUUGUGAAUGCCUUUUAUUCAGCAAGCAGAAACCAAAUAGUGUUUCCUGCAGCUAUCCUGCAGCCUCCCUUCUUUGGCAAAGGUCAAGCCCGCUCCUUAAAUUAUGGAGGAAUUGGAAUGGUGAUUGGGCACGAGAUCACACAUGGCUUUGAUGAUAGUGGAAGGAAUUAUGAUAAAAAUGGGGACAUGACAGACUGGUGGAGUCCUUCUUCCUCUCAAAAGUUUCAGGAGCUUUCACAAUGCAUUGUGGACCAGUAUGGCCGCUACUCCUGGGAUUUGGCAAAUGGACAAAACCUCAAUGGGAAUCUUACCUUGGGAGAGAACAUUGCAGAUAAUGGGGGGAUCCGUCAAGCCUAUCAGGCUUAUCAGAACUAUGUGAAGAAACACGGAACUGAAAAGCCUCUCCCAGGUAUUGACCUCAACCAUGAGCAACUUUUCUUCCUCAACUUUGCACAGGUGUGGUGUGGCACUCACAGACCUGAACAUGCAGCCAACUCGAUCAAAACAGAUGACCACAGUCCAGGGGAGUUCAGAGUUAUGGGGUCACUGCAGAACUUUCCAGAAUUUGCCAGAGCUUUUAACUGUAAGAAGAAUAAUGCCAUGGUGCCUCAGACUACAUGUCGAGUAUGGUAAUACACUCUGAAGAGACAGAGCAAGAGGACAAAGAUCUCUCCACUUCACACUAGACCAAUAAGGCUUGAAUGGGAAGGUCCCAUUCUCCACAGGGUAGGCUAGGGCUCCCCAGCCGACCUCUGUUAUGCUAACAGUACAGAGGCAUGUGCCUGUGUUAUAGUCUGCCUUCACUGACUUUAUUGAAAUUAUUUAAGUCUACUUGAUGAAAUUGUAUCCAGUCGUGUGUUUUUGCUGUUGAUAUUUUUGAAGAUGAUAGUAAUGUGAUUUUAUUUUUUUAAAUUGUCAAUCAAGCUUUAUUUGAUGGCAGUAUGUUGUCAAGCUGUGAUGGGGAUUUUCAGUAGCAAACAUGUCAUACCACAAGCACAAAAAGCAGAUCACUUCAGCUGGAAUCAAUGAGUCAAUUAUUGGAUUCAUAUACAUGUUUAUCAUGUUUUUAAUCCCAAGAAUGUAUGAUUAUAAGAGUAUAUAUAUAGAUAUAGAUAUAUAUAUAUAUUUCAGUGAACUAUAGAUACAUAUGCCUGUGUAAAUACCAUGUGUAUACAAUAGAUACAAAUGCCUGUGUUUCCAAAAAUGCUUUUAAAGAAGCGCCUUUUGAUUUACAUAAAUGUCAGAAAUUUGACAAAUAUAUAAUAAUAUGAAAAACCAAGGGCCAGUGAGUACACAGUAAUUAGUGUUGUGUACCACGGUGCUCAUUUCUUUUCCAAUUAGUAAUAUCCACCUCUUGAAGCACUGGCCCAAUAUAAUGGGAAAGAACAGAGAAAGUCUAAUAUUUAAGUGGCAGUAAUACAGUUGACAAUCAUACGAAAUAUUGUUGUAGUUCUUGUUUUUACAUUUCUGUAUUGUCUGCUUUCAUUCAACUUGUUGUUAUACCCAUACUGUUCAUUCUGCCCUUUUUUCUUCUGUGUGUGUGUGUGUGUGUGGUGUCUGUCUGUGUGUGUGUGUGUGUGUGUGUGUGAUUCAUAUGCCAGUGUAGAACACAGUCUCCAGCCUUUUUUCUAAUCAGUAAACAUUGUGUUGGUUCUUUUCUAUGUCAUACUCCAAAAAGUGUGUGUGCGUGUGUGUGUGUGUGUGUGUGUGUGUGUGUCGCGCGCGUGUGUGUGUGUGUGUGUGUGUCCUGCCCUUGAUUUACUUCAUGACCACUGCAGCCCUCCUUCCAAACUCAUCUCAAUCUGUAUGAGGACAGACAAAUAUACCUCAGAUGCCUAUAUUUGAACACUUUAUAAUGAACAUCCUCAAAAAAAUAAAUCUUGUUUUAAUAGUAAAUCAAUCGUC